AUGACUGCUUCUACCUACUCGGACCAUAGUCCCUCCCGGCGGAUGCCCGUCUAUUUCCUAGGCAUUGGCGGGCCGAACUUCAUGGAAAACAAAAACCACCCUGCCUUCAAGCAACUGGGCAUCGUCGGGCGCGAGAUCACGACAAAGGUCAGGCCCAGAGCAGUGGUCGUCUUUUCUGCUCACUGGCAGGACGGCGGCGCAAGCAACAGGAUCAGUAUCAACACCGCUGAGACGACGGAUCUGAUUUAUGAUUUUUACGGGUUUCCGCAGCAUUACUACGAGUACCAGUAUCCGAACAAGGGAAGCCCAGAGAUUGCCGAGAAGGUGAUUGCGAAGCUGGAGGAGAGUAAUUCCGGCAUCGAGGUAGAGAGAGUGACACGGGGCCUUGACCAUGGCGUCUGGGUAGGAUUUCUCGCAGCGUUCGACCCGGAAAAGAAUCCAUUAAACGUGCCCAUCGUGCAAGUCUCACUCAUGGGCAACAACGACGCGAUGCAACAUUACCAGCUCGGCCAAGCCUUGGAGAGCCUGCGAGAUGAAGGGAUCUUGAUCGUCGGCGCAGGCAUGGCUGUCCAUAAUUUGCACGACUUUCGAGCUUCAAGAGGGACCGGGGCGACUAUGCCUUACUCCUACAGCUUUGACGAGGCGCUCAAGGAAGCCGUCGGCUCGAGGCCAGAGGAACGCCAGGCGGCCAUGUCGGCUCUGCUGCAGCGCAGUGACGCCAGAAAUGCCCAUCCGACUGUUGAGCACAUUCUUCCGAUCUAUGUUGCUGCAGGUGCAGCAGGCUCGGAGGUCGGCGAGCAGCUGUGGACUCUGCCCGAGGGAAGUUUGAGUUGGGCGCAGUAUCGAUUUGGUGGAGUUGCAGAGUGA